CAGAAAUUAUACUACACUUGAAGAGGAAUUUAUCGGCCGUUGCUUCUCCAGUAAUUGUCAUUGGAGGCUCUUUAUGGGGGAAGUAAGACAUAAAUGAUGAACUACGAAAGCGGUUUCUGUUUUAUUGGCAAUUUGCUUAACAAAAACCUGCUCAUCAACUUUGUACGUGUUCUGCUAUCUGUUGUUUUUCAGUGCAUGCAGGCAGCAUGGUUUCGCCUCAAAUACCCGCACAUUGCUGUGGGGGCAUUGGCCUCUUCCGCCCCACUUCUUUACUUUGAUGACAUUACACCAUCAGAUGGGCUUCAUUCCGUGGUCACAAACAAUUUCAGGGAAGCGAGUGAGAACUGCUACAAUACCAUAAAGAAAUCAUGGUCUGAAAUCGAUAGAAUUGCUGUUCACCAAGACGAUGGUCUUGACAUCCUCACGGAGAAAUUUCAAACUUGCGAACCUUUGGAGGAUGGAGAUGAACUCGAGCUAAAGGCCUACUUGGAGUUCAUUUAUAUAACUGCAUCUCAGUAUGAUGACCCUCCAACAUAUCCAGUCAAUCUGAUCUGCAACAGUAUAAAUGCAGCAGCAGACAGAGGAGAUGAUAUCAUUGAUCGAAUUGCCUCGGCUGUUAAUUAUACUCGUCGAGGAGAGAAUAGAGGUCAAUGUUUGGACCUAAGUAGCGAACUUCGCCCAUCAGAUGAUGCAGUGGAUGGUUUGAACUGGUUAUGGCAGGCAUGUACUGAAAUUUUUAUGCCAAACGGUCGAGAAACGGACGAGACUAUGUUUCAGGCAGAACCAUUUGAUGCGGAUUCCUACACUCAAAGGUGCCACCAGUUAUAUCAAGGUGCCCGCCCUAGACCCCAUUGGAUCACAACUUAUUAUGGGGGGCAUCAUAUAAGGAUGACCUUGGAGAGGUCUGCCAGUAACAUCAUCUUCUCAAAUGGCCAGCGUGAUCCUUUUAGCGUUGCCGGAGUAUUGACAAAUAUAUCGCCCAGCAUAGUAGCAGUGACUACACGUCAAGGUUCUCAUUGCUUGGACUUAUUACCUGCAAGGAUAAAUGAUCCCAGGUGGUUAGUUGUGCAGCGACACAUAGAAGUUGGGAUUAUCACAGGAUGGAUUCGCAACUACUACAAUGAUUUGCGUAUCUUUUCUUCUGAGAAGUAGAAGUAACACUUCAUGCAUAUAAUGCAUACUGCGUGCUGUAGUAU